AUGCGCGAAGAAUUCAUCGACAAUUGGCUGUCCGAGGUUUCUUCGUAUUUGCAGUCCAGCAAAGACUCGGAAACCCCGCGCCCGCGGAAACGCCGCCGCGGCGACUCUUACUCGCAUCUUCCGUCACCACAAUAUUCAAUCAGCGACAUGUCUGAAGCCAGCGACACCGGCAUAAAACGACAGGUUGACAACGAUCAAACGCCCAAGGCCAAGAAACAAAAGAAAACCAAGUCAACGGCAUCCGAGUCUCAAGGGACGGAGACUUCUCAGCAAUCUAGCCACGCCUCAACACAACUGCACUUUAAAGCGCUUGAACUCACGGACCGAGGUGUCAUUGAGCGCGGGAUUAAUGGGUUGAGCGAUCACCCGUCGGAAGCCUUGGCUACGUUCAUUGAGGACUUGGAAAAUGUCAUGGCGUGUCGCAAUAUCUUGCCUUUGGAUAUGCGAGCCGAGUUUCAGAGGAGCGAAAACCCGAGGUUUUCAAAAAUCGGCAAGAACUCGGCCGCCUUCUCUUCCGAUCGUCGUGAGCUUGGCCAAGUACCAAGCCACAAGACGGUUUUGCGGCUUGUGAGGAUUGCCGAGGAAUGCCUCACCAAUAAACAUGAUGAGGCGUCAUGGAACGUCUUAGUUCACUCUCGUGUUUUAUCUCUUGCUCUUCAGCUCGACGACGGUGAUCCUUUCUCCGAUCUUGUAAACUUUUUCCCCUGUUCAUCAGCCUCUAUCAUCAGCAAAUAUCUUCCACCAUUGUCCCUCUCCAAAAAAGUUGACUUCUGCAUCUGCAUCGAUGCUUCCUCUUCGUCCCCCCAGAUCCAGGCGACCAUCAAAUCUCUCCGGAAUAGACUUGCCGACAGGGCCAUCAACCACACAGGAUACUACGCCCUUCGCAAGAGACCAAUCGCCAUCAGCAUCGAGACUAAGCAGCCCGAUCAGGGAUGGGAUAGAGCGACGCUACAGCUCAGCGUCUGGCAGGCCUCACACUGGAACUUCCUCCAGGAGCUCAAUGUCAUGGCCAGGGCCACAUUACCUACACAUCAGGAUAUCAUGCCUGCGUUUCUUCCAUGCAUCAUCAUCCAGGGACAAGAUUGGAAGUUGGUCGUUACGACCCGUGAAGGGUCUCAAACGGUUUUCUGGAAGGACAUUGAUAUCGGCUCGACCAAGUCUGUGCUGGCUGCUCAGGAAAUGGGCUCGAGAUGA